AUGCCGUCGUCUCAUACUCGUGAUGCUUCCCGUGAUCGGGAGUUGGUCCUCAGACACCAAUCGAUCCCCAUUUCGGACCCUGAACGGGCACCACCCCCGCUGCCGUUGAAUCCUGGUUCAACAAGUCCAGCGACCAAGGGCAAUGUUUCGCCAGGUAUCCAGGCGGUGGCAGCGAACUUCGCGGAGAAGAUGAGAGAGAACGCCCCAAGCCCAUACACAACAAACGCAAUGCCACCAAAGUCACCGGAAAAGUCACUCAUCAAAGGGCAAUUCCACAAGAGGAUGCAGUCAUUGCAGAAUGCGGACACACGCUCGGAAUUCCUUAACUACCUAGAGAACAGGUCACCCGAAAGACCUCUGCGGGCAUCGAUUAUGGAGGGCCCAGCCAGGCCAGAAGAAAAGAGUCCCACCAAGUCGAGCAGUGCCACAGACCGAGAAUUGGAGCGGGACCCUCCCAACCUUCUGAUUUCCAACCGCUACCUCUCGAAACCUAUCCUCGGAGAGAGCACUCCUCCGUCUGCCACUAUGUUGGCGCUCCAGACCAUGCAAUUGCCUGAGGAGGGCGAUUCCCCACUAAGAAAUUCCGAUUCCGACCCCUUCUCGACACCCAAGCGGCCAUCUGGGCACAGUCUCGAAACACUAUCAACACAGAUCAUCAGUCUCACCGAUAUUGCUAGCAAUCUCCAACGGGAGAUGGCCCAGCUGAGCCGACGUAGCAAAGACAAUGCCACGGACCUCAUAAGUCUGAAACAAGCCACUAACGCUCGUGAUGAAGAUAUACGGAAAAGCCUGCGUGAAUUAUCCACAAGUUUAGCCACCAAAAUGCUAGAUCCUGAAGCUGCCACAAGGUGGGAUCUCAGUUCUCUCCUAGGUUCUGAAUUGGGUAUUAACAACAGGGAAUCGGAUAGUUCUCCUAGUUCGAGGAAGAGUUUUUCGGCGCCCCGGAUGCCGAGCCCUAACCCUUUUGCUGCAGCAAUGGAGCGCGAGUUAUGCGCAUCUCCCACCCCAAUUUCGGAUGGAUCAGCCAGCAUUGCAUUGCUGGAGAAGGUGCUGCGCGAAAUGGCGACCAAGGAAGGCCAAGAGAAGCUCUUGGAUCUGGUGGACGAGAUCAAAUCCCGACCAACGAGUGAAAAUACUGACAAGCAAACGGAUAGCACCAUUACCAAGAUGCUGGAAGAGAUUCUUGGAUUGGUGAAGGAGGAGUCGGAAAGCAAAGCCUUGGUACGUGCGAGAGCUGUUCCGAACCCCAACCGUGACACACCACAGAGAGGGAGCAGCUUCGAUGUAUCCCUCUCGCGGUCUCCGGACCCCGAACCAGUUUACGCACCCGACAUGGAAAUGGUCCAGAGCGAAAGCGGUCCUAUUGCCGAGCGCCCAAAGCCAGCAGACAAUGCCGUUGCCGACGAGAUGCUGUCGAUCAUGAAACGAGUAAAGAACAGCGUCAUUGAAGGAGGUGGUAUGACCAACGAAGUCAAAGCCUUGGUCCGAGAACUGCGUGGUGAGGUUCUCGGUAUGGGAAGGAACCUUGCCCGACAACUUGAAGAGGUCGAGAAGGCUCGCUCGACCGAGGACGAUGAGCCCACACCUCCCAGCAAAGAAGAAAUAUCCGGCAUUGUGGAGAGCAGUCUUCAGGAGCUGAAAAAUCAAAUGGCAUUUAUCAUGAAUGAACAUCGCCAACAUGCCUCCGCCUUGUCAGAAUUCCGCUCGGCGUUGGAUACCACCGAGAUCUAUUCCAUUGUCAAACGAGUUGUGGAGGAACACAGCAUGUCGCAACCUCCCCAGCAACCUGGAUUAGAGAAGGAUGAGAUCCUCGAGACUGUUCGGGAAGCCUGGGAGACAUACAAACCCGAGAUCGAGCUUCAAAACUUUGGUCUGGAGCGUGACGAAAUCCUGGAGUGUCUGACUGAGGGGCUCAAAGCGUAUCAGCCACAGCAUGAAGAGGCCGUCACUUACGACCAAGUUCUGGCCGCUGUUCAGGCUGGAAUCCAGAGUUUUGGGCAGCCACCAACCAUCACGAAGGACGAAGUUGCACAAACAGUUCGUGAAUGCCUUGAAGAGCAUGCUCAGCAGACAGCUGAUCGGUCCUUGAAUCAUGAGCAACUAUACGCCAUUCGCGAUGAGAUACUGCAGGCAGUGACCGAAUCAGUGGCAACUCAAAGCACCCUCACAAGAGAAAGCCUUGAUUCGGGUCUCGGUCGAGAUGAGAUACUAAGCGCUCUGUCAGAAGGCUUGGAAGCUCAUUUUGAUACAGCCAAAAAAAUCGAACCCGCUCACAUCACCAGAGAAGAUGUUGCCAAUGCCAUCAAUGACGCGUUUGCAGCUCAUGACUCGGCCGUCAGCAAGAAUGUCGAGCCAGACGUUUCUCGGGAAGAGAUACUGGCUGCGAUUGCGGAAGGCCUAGAAAACCAGAACUCCAUGAUCAGGGAAAUCGAACUCAACAAGGAGGAUCUGAUGGAGGCUAUUUCGGCUGGUCUGCAGGAAGCCCUCAGCACUGUGAAUCUCAACACUGGAGAGCAGGCCUUGGAGCGUUUCCAGGACCUUCUCCAAGAGAUGAAGCAGAAUGUCCAGGAGCGUUCCGCCAAUGGUGAGAAAGAAACCGUGCAAAUGUUGGAAGCGAUCAAGGAUGGCCUCGGUGCUGUCAGACAGGAUGUCGAAGGAUUCGUUGCUACUGCGGUCGAAGCAUCCGGAAAACAUGAGAUCAUGGACACUGUCAAAGAGGGUUUCCGACUGCUCCAUGCCGACAUUGAAAAGACUAUUACAGACGCAGCAUUGACCAAUAGCCAACGUGGCAACCCGGAUACCCCAGAGCUUCUGGAUGCCAUGGAGAAGGAAUUCGAGCAUCUCCGCUCGACCCUAAGCUCGCUUCUCAUUCGAAACAACGUUACUGACGAUAAAGAUGAGAUCCUUGACGCCAUACGCGAUCUCUCCGAGGGCCAAAAAAGCACAGACACCAGCAAUAUCACAAAGGUCAUCAAGGAAGAGUUUGAGAGCGUUCGUGAUGCGAUGACUAUGAGCCUUGUUCCCGUCCAACCAAAACCCGAGAAAGACGAAAUCGUUGCGGCCCUUCGCGAGAGUAUCGAAGCGUUCCGCGAGGGAAGCAAUCAACACAAAGACAGCGGUGACAACGUAUCGUUCUCAACCGGUGAGGUUAUUGAGGUACUCAAUGAUGGCGUCACUUCAAUCCGAGGUGACUUGGCCAAGCUCCUGGAAAGACCGGUCGAAAUUGACCAUUCCGAGCUCUUGGACACUCUGAAGGAAGGUCUCAGUAGCUUGAAAUCAGAUGUCGAAAUGCUGCGCCAUCCGCAGGAUACUGCCAGGGACAUGGACACAGCCGACACAGCCAUAGGAGGCGAACUGAUGCUUGCAAAUGAGCCGAAUAUCAGUGGGGAUAUUGAGGCCCUAAAGGCCCUCAUCUCUCAGCUACAAGUCAAAGUAGAGGCCAUAGAAGCUGCCCCACGCAUCCCCGAGCCGUCUGAAGAUGCAUUGAAGAAGGAGCAUCUGGACGAGGUCAUAGCGGGCCUACACGAACUCCAGAGUUCAGUGGCUGGAAUAGUGGCUCGGGACCUACCUGCAGAUGACACGAUAGUGAAGAAGGAGCACACAGACGCCAUCGAAACCCUCCUCCGGAACACGCAGUCGCAGCUUGAUGAGUUGAAGUUCCCUGCGGCUGACGAGAUUGCCAAAGCGGAGCAACUGGGAAGCUUAGAAAUCAUUGUCCAUGAGACAAAGGAAGCAAUCGCGGAUCUUUCUGCACGCUUGGAAGCAGAGGGCCCAACAAAAUCGGAGAUUGGUACUCUGGAAACUCUAUUGAAGGACAUGUAUAUUGCUCUUGAUGAGCUCAAGAGCAAAGAUUCGGAUGGGGAGACCGACACCGAGAAGCUGGUCAAGUCGGAUUUACAGACAGUAGAGGCCAUGAUCUUUGAUGUCAAAUCUCAGCUCGAACAGUUGAAACUCCCUGAUGUCGAGACGCUACCUACGAAGACCGAGAUCCAGGACCUGUCAAUUCUUAUCACCGAAUUCAGGGACAAGGUCGAGGCCGAAAACGACCUGACUGCUCAAGGAUUUGACGCCAGAAAGACCGAGCAUGCCGGGCUCGCAGAGAAAAUCGAUGAAGCAAGAGCUGUGGUCGAGGGACUCGGUGACGAGCUGAAGAGUAAGCUGGAUGGAAGCUCCGAGGGGCUUGCUGAGCUUAAGCAACUGCUUGAAGGCUUGGCUGCUUCGGCGGAAACUUUCAGCACCGUUGAAAGCAUCCACGAACUUACCGAGCUCAUCAAUCGCGAAUUCGAGCGCGUCCGUGGCGAGCAGGAUGCCAGCAAACUGGAGAUGGAGGAGCGUGAUGCAACUGCCCUCGUCAAACACGAUCAGUCUCGGGCCGCCAUCAUUGUCGAGCUGGGUGCGAAGAUCGAUGAGAAACUUGGUGAAGUCAUGGCAAAGUACGAUGAAGUUCACUCUGCUAUGGGAACGAAGUUUUCUGAAACCGAGGAACGCGACAAUGCGCAUCUGGAGGCUCUUACCGACACCAAAGCCCUUGCUGAAGACAUCAAGCUUGUCAUUGGUGCUAUGGGUGACAGCGUCAACGAGACGUGUGAACGCAUCAGUGUGGACACGAAGGCUUUCUUUGAGAAGGUCGGCGAGUCAUACAGCAAGAUUGAAGAGAUGCACCAUGAGGCUAAAACCCACCAAGAGCAAACACGCUCUGACUUUGAGCGAGCAGUGGCUGCCACGGACCGUGUUGAGAGCAAGCUGCACGAAUUCCAUCCUCAGGUCUUGGAAUCAAUCCAGGAAAUCCUCGCCAUUGUUGGAAAGCACUACGACCAUUCUCAGCAGGCGACGAAGGAUAUCAAGAUGGAUCUUUCCAUCCUGCCUUCAACUAUUCCAUCAAUGUUUCCUGCGCUUCCACCCCCCGAGCCGGAAAAGUACGAUGAUACUCAAGUCCGUCAGAAGCUCGACAACCUUCUGGAACAUGCAAAGAAUGAGAAGGUCAAGGAGGCUCUCGAUAUUCUUGUUGAGCGGGUGACAAACAACCAGGUCCAUGAGAAACUCGACGAAUUGUUAACCCAGACUACGAGUACGAAUGCUCAAGUCUACGACAAGUUGAGUGAGCUCCUUGAUCAUGCAACGAACACGAAUGGACCAAUUCACGAAAAGCUGGAUACCCUUCUGGACCACGCAACAAAUACCGAUCAAUCGGUCACGCAAAUGAUGAAGUUAGACGAGAUGCACAAGGAUAUCAUGGAGACUUCACGCAAGAUGAACGAGAUGUUUGCAGCUCAGACGGCGCUUGUGGCCGAGGACACGGAGCGCAGGCGCCGAGAGGCGGAAGAAGCGGCGAUUGCGCUGGAGAGGAGAAACGCGCAAAAGGAGCAGGUGGAGUCCGAAAUCAUCACUCUCAAGGAAGAAAAGGAUUCUCUGCUGGCCAUGUUUCAUACCUUGAAAUCUGAGAAGGAAGACCUUGUCAAGCAGAAUACCAAGCUUAGCAAGGAGCUUUCCAGCUUGGAAAUGGCACUUGAGCUCCGCCAUGAGGAGAUGCAGGUCAUGGAGGACCGUGCUGAAAGCCUCGAAAAACGAAUCCUGGAAGGCGUUCUUGAUCAUGCACGGAGCGUGCUUAUCAACCGGCCGAGAGGCUUGCAGAGCCUGAACAUGAAAAAGGCGCGUGGCGGCCGCUCCCGGGGACCUAGUACUACCAGCAAUGCUAGUACUGCUCGAGACGCUCGGAGUAUCGUUGGCAGCAGCGUCGGAAUGGCAUUGAAGAAGCGAGCUCCGGCCUCCUCACAGGCGGGAUCCGGCUCCCCAUCCACGACAAGCAAAGAGCGAAGAAUCCUCAGUCUCAGCAAUGUUACCGGCAAUCGCGGCGUGCCCGACCGUCGAGCGAGUGCCAGCAGCGGCUUUACUAAUCUAAAGCGAAGUCAUUCCGUCAAGUCCAACAGUUCACUGCGAAAAGCCUCCUGGGGUGGUCGAAGCUCCAUGGCCAAUAAAGAGAACGAAACGUUCCCUGAGGAGGACGAGAACCAGAGCGGGGACGAGAGCGAUACUGGCACGGAGCGCAGGACUAGCUACACUGGAACUUAUGCUGACAGCAUGGUGUACGGAACUGGAAGUGUGGUUUCUGCCGACGAUCGACGAGUGAGCGCUGCCAGUUCCACGAACUUGUCCACUGCGGGCUCGCGCUCCCCUGCAGAUGACCAUGAAGCUAUUGGAGAACAGCACGACGAUGAUCUAUCCGAGUCUAGCGAUGAUGCUCAGACGACCAAGGGGAAUGAGUCGGAGGACGAUCAGCUGACCGAAAAUGCGGUUGACCUCGAAUCAACAAAGAUGGUGCUCUAUGGCCAGCAUAGUGACAGCGGGAUUGGCACCGAGAUUGCAAGCACAGUGGGCUGA